AUGGACCUGCGUGAGUAUGAGGCAAGGUCGAUGCAAGGUCGGGUCCCAGGACAUACCACGUUCAGGUUCUCCGUCUGUCUAAUGUCAAGGAAACCUCAGAGUCUGAGAUGGAUGCAGCCUCAAUAUCGUUACCGUCAGAAGAAGAGGAGGAAACUCUCCCGAGAUGCUCCAGGUGCAGAAGUCAAGCUGCGGACUGGGAUGCCAAAGAAGCGAGGAGGAGUGUCCAAGGCCGGGCCCUCAGCCCAGCCUGCAGGAUCCUCAGACUCAAUUACCUACCAAGCACUAGUGAAGGAGCUUGCGAAAUCUCACGAGAUGUCAGGUCAAUCCUGGAGCAGUGAGGUAGAUUCUUCACCUCACCGGCAGGGAGCGCUGUGGGGUGGCCGUGACGUCAUCAGCGCGCGCCGGUUGACCCCGGUGACCGGUCGGGGCCGCGCGAUGCGCGCUCUGUUGUUGGGACUUGGCCGUUGGGCCGGGCCGGUGCGGAGAUGUCUCCCGGCCUGGGUCCCAGUCCUGCCUGCGGCUUACAGCCGGCUCGCACAGGACACCGCGCUGAGACCAGUGGACCUUGCCUAUGAUGUAUUGGAUGGCAGAAAUACAGAAACUCCGUUGGUCUUCCUCCAUGGACUCUUUGGCAGUAAAUCAAACUUUAAUUCAAUAGCCAAGGCAUUGUCUCAGCGGACAGGCAGAAUGGUGGUGACAGUGGAUAACCGUAACCAUGGUGAUAGUGGACACAAUCCAGUGAUGACUUAUGAGGCAAUGAGUAUUGAUUGUCAGAAUUUGCUCAACAGUUUACAGCUUCCAAAGUGUAUUAUGAUUGGCCACAGCAUGGGUGGCAAAAUUGCAAUGACAAUAGCGCUGCAAAAGCCAGAACUGAUCGAAAAGCUUGUUGUAGUGGAUGUCACUCCCAGUCAGACCACCUCGCGUACACCUUUCCCAAAAUACAUUGCUGGCAUGAGGAAAAUAACUGUGGAUGGUGACUUGCCAAGGUCUACUGCACGAAAACAAGCUGAGCAACAGCUCCAACCAUACAUCAAGGAGGGCAACAUCAGACAGUUUCUCUUGACUAAUCUGGUGAAACAUGAUGGUCUGUAUAUUUGGAGGGUUAAUCUGGAGGCUGUUGCAAACCAAAUGGAUUGUCUUCUGAACUUCCCCAAGUUCAAUAGUCCUUACACUGCCCCGACACUUUUUCUGGGUGGGGGCAAUUCUCCUUAUAUCAGUGACAAGGACUAUCCCGAGAUUAAGCGGUUAUUUCCCAAUUCUGUCAUUGAACAUGUUCCUGGAGCUGGCCAUUGGAUCCAUGCUGAGAAACCACAUGACUUUAUAAAUGCCAUCUGUGCAUUCCUGGGAACCAGUUAGAAAUGGAUGAUGGACUAAAUAGGAGCACCCUGCAGAGAGGUUCACUAGUCAGACUCUGCUAAUUGCUUCUGUGGUGUUCAUUAAGUUCUGCAGUUCAUUUCGUGAGAUGUACAUUUGAGGUCAAUCAACUGAGCACAAAUUGAUGAUUCAAUGCCACACUAUAUUUUAAAUAUACAAUAAUAAAAACAUAUUGGAACUUAGUGAGUAUGUUUUAGCAAAUUUCUGAAAGCUAGAAGCAGGUAAGUGCUGAGAUUUGGCAUAUAAAAAAAUUUAUGUUAAUAUAAUAAACAAACUGGGCUAGAAUUGGAGAAAUUCAUUCAUUCUAAUCAAAUACUGAAGAGUGCUGUGAGAUGCAAGCCAUUGUCCUGAUGCCAGAGAAUUGGAGUAAGUGUGUAGCAUAUUUAUUCCCCAUUCAGUUUGAAUCUGGAAUGUACUGGACAAGUAUUGUGAGGACAGAGUUGAGCCUUGCCUGCUGCAGUUUAUUGUCUGUCAUCUGAUGUUUCGAUUAUCCUGCUUCUAAAUGAAAUUGGAAAAUCCAAUCAUAGAUUGUAUUAAAGACCAUGGACCCGAAUUUGUAUAAGCUCUGCAACUAAUGUACUAACUAUAAAAUUCCCUAGAACUUUAAUUUCAGGGAUAGGUUUGAAGAACUGAUUGUCUGGGUUGGGACAGAGCCUAUGUAUGCCAUGAGUAUCAGCUCUGUUUUAGUGUUCAGUAAUAAACAUGUUCCUUUCCA